AAAUACUGACGAAGUUACAAUUUCAGAACUCGCAAAUAGAUAAAUAUUCUCAGUCCGUUUUGAAGAAUUGUAUUUGGAUUGAUAAAUUGCACCGCUCAUAUGCCCGUGUCAACUACCAGUUGACAUGGACUUUGUACUACAAAUGUCCAUGUCAAGUACCAGUUGACACGGGCAGUUGGCACGCCCGGCCUCUAUUUUAUUGAAAUUUGCCUGUCUCUGUUUGUCUAAGGUCUAUUUGUAUUUAACUAUCUUGCUUCUCAUUUAAAUUAUCUACCAAACUACGCAAAAACCGUUAUUCCUUGCCGCGCCAUAUAAAAGGAAACAGAUUUUGAAAUUUUUAGUCUGUGUCGAAUCGCGGGAGUGAGUUGUCGUGUCUGUGUUUCGAUAAUUUUAAUACUUUUAGUCAGUGUAUUUACGUUGUGUUUUGUUAUUUAUAAGGAUGAAACGAGUAAAAGAAAGCGGUGCGUCAUUUAGAAAGAAAAUAAAGAAAAGGGAGGAAAUACAGAUUAAAAACACUGGAGCACUACUCAAAUACAUCUCUCAUAAGCCAACUUCUAGUUCUUUUAGUAUUGUUGCCUCAAAUACGGGUGAAGAAGCAGCGCUCGAAGGCGAAAAAACAUUAUCCAAUGUUGUUCAAGAGGAAAGACCUGCUUCACACAAUGGCGAAGAAGUAGAAAGUUUAUCAAGUCCUGAUGAAGAAUCUGCUGCACAAAUUAUUCUGUCUGUUUCUAUGAAAGAUAUUGGAUUAUGGCCUAACAAAAUUGACGACAAUACAAGAGUAUUUCUGGUACGUCAAGGUCCCUUUUUAAUUCAAAAUUUAGACGCCGACUUCAGCGAAGGAAUAAAACGUUCUAAUAAUUCAAGCAAAGCCAAAGGUGAAACAAGAAAACUGAGUCGGGACUGGUUUUUUCAAAUUUUGCCUAAUGGCGAAAAGCUCUUAAGAUCGUGGAUGGUAUAUUCACCAUCGAAGAAAAGUAUUUAUUGUUUCUGCUGCAAACUGUUUGAUAAUCUUUGUCAAGCAGGUUUUAGUACGGAAAAUGGUUUUAACAAAUGGUGGAAACUUAAUCCUAAAAUUAGUCAACAUGAGGUUAGUCCGCUGCACAUUCGAUCAUAUUACAAAUGGAAGGAAUUAGAAAUAAGACUUGGAAGUGGAGCAACUAUUGACAAACUACAACAACAGAAUAUUCAUAAAGAAAUAAAAAAAUGGAAGGAAAUUCUAACAAGAAUACUUGAUAUAAUUAGAUUCUUAGCAAAACAAAAUUUGGCAUUUCGAGGACAUCGUGAAAGUGUUCAUCAGGAAAACAUCGAUUUACUGGAAAAUAGAGGAAAUUUUCUCGAGGUUGUUGACUUAUUGGCUAAGUACGACCCAGUAUUACGAGAACAUGUAGUAAAAAUUAAGAUGGGUAAUAAAUAUAGUCUCUCUUAUUUGUCGCCGAAGAUUCAGAACGAAUUCAUAGAGCUAUUGGGAGGCGCAGUCAGAAAAACAAUUAUGGAUCAAAUAAAGCAGGCUAAAUACUUUUGUAUUAUAUUUGAUAGCACUCCUGACAUUUCACACAAAGAUCAAACCAGUCAAAUUAUUAGAUAUGUAGUUAUUGAAGGUAGCGAAGUUAAAGUUGUAGAAUUGUUUAUUGAUUUUGUAGAAACUAAAGGAAAAACUGCUGUUGAAAUCACAGAUAUGAUUUUAACGAAAUUAGAAAAUGACGGUUUAGAUAUAAAAAAUUGCAGAGGACAGGCUUACGAUAAUGCUGCCGUUAUGGCAGGAAAGCACAGCGGUGUUCAAACUCGCAUUAAAGAAAUAAAUCCAAAUGCAGAAUUUGUAGCAUGUACAAAUCAUUCCUUAAACCUGGCAUGUUUGCACGCAGCUUCUACAGCUAUCAAUUCCAUCACAUUUUUUGGAACUAUCGAACAGUUGUUUUCGUUGUUUCCUUCUUCCACUCAUAGAUGGAAUGUUUUACUUUCGGUCACUGGUCAAGGUGUUAAACGUAGUGUAGAAACUCGCUGGAGCGCUAGAGCUGCCGCGGUAACUAUAGUAAAAAAACAUUUUUUUUACAUUUUAAGCGCUUUGGAAAAAUUGACAUCUGAAGAAGAAAAUAGUAAAACGCGAUCAGAUGCUGAAGUAUUACUCAAUUCUAUGCAAUCUUUUUCUUUUCUAUGUUACCUUCAUUUAUGGGAAUCCGUUCUUUUGGAAAUUAAUGACGCUCAAAAAUACCUGCAAAUAAAGGGGUUAAAUGUCCACCAAUGCCAUAUAAAACUAAAUUCUUUGCAAACACAUUUAAUGGAACAAAGAGAUACGCUAGUACAAAACGCUGUUAUAGCUGCCAAAAUAAUUUGUGAAGAGAUGGAAAUAUCGACAGAGCGCCGAGUUAGAAGGAGAAAAAAUAUGAGUGGGGAAAAUUCGCAAGACGUGGGGCUAUCCUUAGAAGAAGAAGUACGAAGAGAAAUGUUUUCAUCUAUGGACAGAAUUAUAAAGGAAAUAAAAGAACGCUUCGAUCAAUUGCAUGGUCUUGUAAGAAAAUAUUGGUGUAUAAUACCGUGUAACCUACUAAAUGAAGAAUUUGAAUGUCAAAUAAAUGAUUUGAUCGACAUUGAUAAAGAACAGUUCCAUAUUGAAAGAAAAAGGAUCCAGGUUUUUAUGGCUGUAUCUACACUAAAAGAAGAGGUAAAACAUUGGAAAAACGGGGAGAAGGGCCCUCUUGACCUGCUAAAAUUUAUUCAGCAGUAUAGGUUGGAAAAUUCUGUUCCCAACAUUGUAAUUUUGUUAAGAAUUUUUUUAACAAUUUCAAUCAGUGUCGCUAGUUGCGAAAGAAGCUUCUCAAAAUUGAAGUUGAUAAAAAAUUAUCUUCGUUCUACAAUGAGUCAAUCAAGACUACAAAAUCUUGCAAUAUUGUCAAUAGAACAAGAAAUUACAAAUAAUAUAAAUUUUGAGAGCAUUAUACACGAUUUUUCUAGUAUGAAAGCUAGAAGAGUAGAUAUUAUAUAAAUAUGUUUACGAGUGCAUACA